UGUGUGUGGGCACACCAUAAUAAUAUAAUGAGGCCUCAUGAUCAAGGGAACCCUUUAGACCUAAACAACUUGCCUGAAGAUUAUUUGAUCAAUAAUACCACUAGAUCAGACGGUAAACAACUCUUCCAUGAUGGAUCCACCGGUUAUAAUAAUAAUAGUAAUAGAAAGAAAAAAAGCGGCGGAAAUGGGAAUAAGGAAGGAAAAGAGGAGUUGGGGAAGGUGUAUGAGUGUAGGUUUUGUUCUCUUAAGUUCUGCAAAUCUCAGGCACUUGGUGGACACAUGAAUCGCCACCGUCAAGAAAGAGAGACAGAAACACUGAAUCGAGCUCGUCAGUUGGUCUUCAGUAACGAUACACUAGCCGCCCAAACUCACCUCAGCUGUUGUCAUCCAAUGACACCGGCCGGAGCGGGUUACCAUCAUCCAACAACCAACAUGGGAGUGGUAGCAGACACGUCACCACUCCCAAUGAGAUUUCCAACAAGAAUGUUUUCCGGUUCGUCAUCAUCAAAUUUCCCACCACUACCGCCGCCACCACAACCGCCACAACCUUCUCAAUCCCCUUAUACUCUAUACAACAACUCAUCAACACCAUCAUCAUCCAACCGUCCAAUCCCAUACUCAUCAUCACACUUUCCACCACCACCACAUGAUUACUAUGUUGGCCAUGUACUCACCUCAAACACCAACUCUCCAUCACAAUAUUGUCAUCCUAACCUAACCUAUCCAUCCUCUGAUCAAUCAAACUACACUUGUAUCGGUGCCCCGGUAGGGUUUGGAACAUCAGGCUCGGGCGGUGGUGGAGGUAGCGGCCGAGGAGGAUCCACCGAGUUAGCGGAGUCAGGAGGAAUUAAUAGGGGAGGGAUUGGGAACAGCUUUUGAUCUCAAUGACAGGGUCAGCUAGUUUGGCUGGGAGCUGUGGGGUGGUGGGGAUUAAUGGGAGUUCAGAAUGGUGUUUUUUGUGUUGGUUUCUAGUUUGUGUAGUACUACUACUUCUACUACUACUACUAACACUACUACUACUAUCUAUUACUAUACACCUACUGUGUCACAAUGAAAGCUACUUCUACUACUACUAAUAAUAAUAUAAGUAUAUAAAUAUAUGAGGUUUAAUUUGUGUGGGACAAACCAAGUUACAUAUCAACUGAAAGUUCUCAACCCCCUUUUUGCAUUUCAACUUCAUUUUGCAUGCCCAAUAAUCACUUUCUAUAUCCUAUAUCUAUAUCUAUGGUGAAAAUCUUUUUCUUUU